GCCGUUCAAGUGUGUCUCAACUGCAUCCGCGGCUUCCCGCCGAGCGCCGCGGCGCAAGUGCUGGCGACGUGGGACCACGCGUACACGCUCGGUAUUAUGCACGCGAUCCAGAUGGAGCACCAUGGCGCGUUUCUGCAAAAGAGCCCAACCAAAGAGUCGAUUGCGAGCACGUUUACGCCGCCGUCGCUUUCGUCGCUGCGCGAAGACAGUUUGGCGACGCGCGCGGCCACCGAGCUUCUCUGGUCGAUCAUGAACACGAGCGCGAGCACGGACCAGCCGCUCCGCGUCUCCCUCGCAUUGCUCUACCGCAAAAUCUGGGGCGACGCGACGCCGAUCUGCCUCGCCCACUCGGUGCAGGAAAAACCGGCCAACUGGGCCGGCGGCUAUGAGUCGCUGCGCAAGCUCAUCGAAGAGAGCAAGUCCAACACCAAGGCGUCGUCGUCGUCGGGGCACCCGAUGAAGUCAAAGCACCACAGCGACGACCACAGUAAGAAGCGCCCGCCGAGCGGGUCGCCCCCGCUGCCCGGCAUGGCAGGGCCCUUUGAUCAGCUCAAGGGCAAGAAGCUCAAGCUCAAGCUCGGCGAAACCGUGGUCAUGUCGCACAAGCUCUAAGACGCUCUUCAUCACGGAAGCAAGACCACCGACAAUGGACAUGACUACUGUCUUGUCGAUAAUCAAUGCUACAAUGGACGCACUUACUUG